UUUUGAAAUCCCGUCUCUCCAGCUCUCCGGGCGCAGAGAGGGAGAGAGGCAGAGGUAAGCCGGGGACGGUGCGUAGUAGGGCUGUAGCGACACCGGCAGCGGCAACUAUGACAGAAGAUAAGUUUAUAAGCUGAACCGGGCUGAUUGACAGCCUUUGUCGCAUUCUUUGGAGAGACCACGGGAAACGGCGGACGUCGAGAAGUCGCGGUGCAAUCUCUGUGACUGAAACAAAAACAAACAAACAACUGGUGGACACACGGGGUUUGUGGAUAGACGGCGGCAGCAGCAGCGGCGGCGACGGCAGGAGCAGGAGCAGGGAGCGUGUGCGAGUGCUUUGGCGGCGGUCCCGCUGCUAGCGAAACAUGAACAAAAACCACCGAUUGCCGAGCAACCGUUCCCUAAAUGCCGUGGAGGUGAAGAGCAAGUUUGGUGCAGAGUUUCGUCGGUUCUCUCUGGAUCGGUCCAAACCAGGCCGCUUUGAUGAGUUCUACGGCCUCUUGCAGCACGUGCAUCGCAUCCCCAACGUGGAGGUGUUGGUGGGCUACGCUGACGUGCACGGUGACCUGCUGCCGAUCAACAAUGACGACAACUACCACAAGGCCAUCUCCACGGCUAACCCUCUACUCAGGCUGUUCCUGCAGAGGAAAGAGGAAGCUGAUUAUACAACAUUUGGUACCGAUUCGCUGACCAGGAAGAAGAACACUGUGCUUUCUGCGGUUCUUCUGCGGCCUGACGCCAACAAGAAAAAGCCUUCGGUGAUCAUCAGCCUCCCUAAAGACUUCCGGCCCGUAUCUUCCAUCAUCGACGUUGACAUCCUCCCAGAGACGCACCGACGUGUUCGUCUGUACAAGCACGGCCAGGACAAACCGUUGGGUUUCUACAUCCGAGACGGCUCCAGCGUACGGGUCACCCCACAGGGUUUGGAGAAGGUCCCGGGAAUAUUCAUCUCUCGCUUGGUGCCAGGCGGGCUUGCGGAGAGCACCGGCCUGCUGGCAGUCAACGAUGAAGUGCUGGAGGUGAACGGCAUCGAGGUUGCUGGGAAGUCUCUGGAUCAGGUGACGGACAUGAUGAUUGCCAACAGCCACAACCUCAUCAUCACCGUCAAGCCUGCCAAUCAGCGGAACAAUGUUGUUCGCAGUGGAGGAGGUGGAGGAGGAGGCGCGGCAUCUGGUAGUUCAGGACGAUCAUCAGACAGCGGCGCCAGCUACUACGGCUACUCGUCGCACAGUGCCGCGGCCUCUGUGCCGUCACACAUCAUCCAGAACUACCCCCUCGGGGAGCUGGAGAGUGAUGAAGAUGAAGAGGACUUGGUGAUCGAGGCAGGAGGCGAGGCUGAGCCAAUCAGGCGUGCACCCUCCAACUACAGUGUGACCUCAUUGCCUCGCUACGAGCCACACCUCAACCUCCGCACCACUACCGCUUCCACCUUCUCCAUUAACACCAACGGGACCCUGCCCACCAGCGGCAGCAGCGGUUCCUUAAGCAACACCAAGGCGACCACGCCGUCCCCAGACAGAGCCAUGGAGAGGGGGAGUCUAGAGGAGGAUGGCACUGUUAUAACGCUGUAGACUGGACAUUCACACGCUAAACACUGGAGACCACAGAGACAAACACUCGUGUACUUCAACACACACUCGGAGAGUUGGUGGGGAAAUCACGGACUAACAAAUCAAACCCAGGAACAUGCAGUUCCAUUUUAGAAAGACUGUACCUGAGAAGCACAAAUGUAUGUCUACAUAUUACAUCUCAACAUGACACUAAAGAGUUGUCUUCACAUUAAACGCUGCACGCCUGUACUUUUCUCCUCUGAAUGCCAAUGAUCACGUAUGCGUGCCAUAGCAGUGACACCCCCGUCUCUCCCAGUUCUGCAGGCACAAAAAAAUGACAAAGAAAAAUUGACUGUUUCUAAACCACCAGACGCAUUUGUUGUUUUUAACCACACAACUGUUAUUGAGCCGAGCUUCCUUUAGAGGGCAGAGAAGCCCGUCCUCCCCUAUGUUUUUCUCAGUGGUGCAAACCAGUUAAUAUCAGCACCCCUAAAACAAAAGCACUCUGUUUUUAUGGGGCUUUGUUUUUUUUUUUUUUUGCCUUGUAACUUGUCAGCAUGGUAAUGACCUCCUGCCUUCUCUCAGCUAACUACAGCAUGGGUGCAGUACUUUUCCUCAUAAGGCAGUAUCAGCCAGUCGCUGAGCUGUAUAAAUAUAUCAUUUUUAUUCUUGAGGAGAACCCCAGUAGAAGAAGUCUCUUUUCUUCGUGCUGGCUCAGAUGCUGUUAACCACUGCUCUCUGUUCUUGAUGUGACAAUGACUGAUAAUGAAAGGUUGGUGAUUUUGAUCAAUCUUGCCAUGACUUGUGCUUGGCCUGUGUUUUAUUUUUAACUUUUUUUUUGUUUUUGUUUCCUGUCUUUUCUUUUUUAUUAUUAAUAAUACUUUGAUCCCACAAGUACAGUUUUUAUUUGACCAGUUGGAGGUUGUGGGAAUAGGAUAUUGUGCAGUUAAUUUCCCUAUUGUAUUUCCUUCAUACUGAACUUCUCAUUAUUGUGACAAGGGCUAUUUCCCCUGCUGCAUGUAUGCAAAUGAAACAAUGUGAAUGGGAUUUAAAUUUGUUUGUUUGUUUCCCUCUUCCUUCCUCCUGGACCAUCUCAUUGCAACAUGUCUCGUCUUUCAUUGUAUUUUCAUUCUUAUUGAAUUCAGUUAAUGAACCAGGAUACUGUAACUUCACAACUGUAUUUACAGUGGCUACUAAACAUCAACUCUGGGCCUACAUGGCACGAGAAUAUGUGGACUGUAACAUUAAGGAGUGAGUUGAAAUGAAUGAAUAUAGUGACGUGCGAAAAACUUCCUGGUUCCAAAGUACGCCCUGGUCAGACUGAGUCAUAGUGAAACAAACACGCAUGCAGGGCACAAGCUGAUUCACUCUGUUUGAUAAAGGUGAGGCAGGGCUGGCUUGUGUACAGAAUAUCUUGGCCCUGACCUGCAUUUUUGUGGUUACAGUAUGAUCACUGCUUUUCUUGGCUGUAAUGAGCUUCCUUUGAGAAAAACCUUAGACCCCCAAAAUUUGCCAGAAUUUAUUGCCACCUCCUGCCUCACAUUUUUUUUUUUUUUAAGCUUUUUAAGGCACUGUUGUGAUUUGGGCUAUUUGAUCCACUCACCCUUACUUUGAUUUAAAUACUUUCCAGUUUGAAUUCACUCAGAAAUUUCACAGGAAGAAGUGGUUCUCUCACAGCUUUAGUUCCUGUUCAUAAAGCAGAUCCACAGCAUUUAUUGAAAGCACGCUAUAGAUCCACUAUUACCAUUACAUGCUGCUGACGGCCUCCCUGAAGUGAUAGCAGAUGGUCUAUUAUUUCUCUCAUUGAUUUUCCUGUUAAAAGUCCUAAUCCUGACUUUAGCAUGGAUUUUAUCUCACCCACAAUAUUAGCUCUCUCUCACACACACACACACACACACACACACACACACACACACACACACACACACACACACACACACACACACACACACACACACACACACAGACAGUUAUUUUCGGUAAUGUUUGUUGGCUUCGUCCAUGUACACUUCCAGUGAAACACCAUCACGCUAAUAUUUAUCAUUUGUUGCUUUGUUUAUUGUUUAUUACAUAGUGAAUCAAUGACUAGAAACCAUCACACAGGUUGUGUAUGACCACCCCACUGUUUUAUUGUAACUUACAUGUGUACGGUACUGUGUUUUUGGCCUUUUUUUUAAAAAAAUGGUACAGCACAUGCUGGUGGGACUUGUCUUCUUUCAUUCCCGAUGUUAAAACACAGCGAUGAAUCCUACUCUGGACGGGAGGCUUUUAGAAGUCACUGUUAAAUUAUUUUCUCUACCUUUAGCAUGGGACACUGGGAUUGUAACCACGGCGACAUUUUUAUUUAUUUUCUAAUCAGACAUCUGCAUAUUUCUUUCUUUGUACACAUUUUAUGACUUUAUUUUUAUAACUGAUAUGUUGUUGUUUAACUGUGAUUGUUGUUUUUGGUCAUAAAUCUCAUGGUACAGUAGAUUUUUUUAUUGUCCAUUAGAGAUGAUUUCAGUUGGUGAUUUUACUGUUCUGGCUAAAGCAACAGGAGGGUCCGUGCAAGACAUGACACUUUUUUUUUUUUUUUCAGACUGUGAACUAUGAUUUUAUGGAAGGAAAAACAGAUGUAUUAAAGCAACCUUGAAACAGUCCAAAUUUUUUUUAAGUGAUCGAGCAAUGAUUGUUGCUUGCCAGAUAAAUCCUGUGGUAUAGAUUUGUAAUGAAGAUUGUCUGUCAGUAUUUUCAUAUUGAUGCUAUAUAUAUAUAUAUAUAUAUAUAUAUGAUGUACAUUUUUAUCACAUAAAAUGAAAAUGUUUUAAAAUUCACCUGAAGAUGUAUGAAUAAGUAGAUGUACCUGCACCUGUAACUGCUGAUUGGAGGAGCUGGAUAAAAUAAACUAA